AACACAUUAAAUUUUAUAAAGCGCUAUACUGCCACUUCACUUCACUGCAAUGAGAAAAGGAUGCAGUGUGAGCGAGAGAAAUAAGAAAUAAGGUUAUCUCUGUCUUUACAAUUAGUCAGUCAGCAAAGUCUGUAAUUACCUUACAUCAAUAAUUUUGUAUGGUCGCACUAGGCAGUUUUUCGAGCAGAAAGCAUUAUGGCCACACUGCUCCCGCUCUGCACUUUCUAUAUAUUGCCCCUAUAUUUCCAUACUCGCGCGAAUUAAUUUGUUUGUGUUCUCGUAAACGUCCGCGUCGUCACGUCACUAAACAGCAACAAUACACAAGCACAAACAACGAAGAUAUCAACGACGCAGUUGUGAUUUGGCAAUGUUAUUGCUCCAGUAAAGUGCAACCACAAGCGGAAAAACAUAAACUAACAACAAAACAUGGAGUCCUUGCAACACCUGCUGCUGCUGACGUCUCUAAUCCUGGUGGCCGGCGGCGGCAUUGGCUUCAUCCCCCAAGUGGUGGGGGCUGAUCAGGAGGAGGUCAGCAUUGUCCACUACCAGCCGGAGCAAGUGCAUCUGGCCUUUGGCGAGCGCACCGCCAGCGAGAUGGUUGUCACCUGGUCAACGCGCAGCUUGCCGCCGGAUACGGCCAGCGUUGUCGAGUACGGACUGAUAGUGGCCGGACAGGCCCCCUCCAGGCUCAAUCAGCGUGCCCACGGCACGGCCACCAGGUUCGUGGAUGGCGGCCGUAAGCACUCUACGCAGUUUAUCCACAGGGUGACGCUUAGCCAGCUGGAGGCGAACUCCUCCUAUGCCUAUCACUGCGGCAGCGCCCUCGGCUGGUCGGCCGUCUAUCAGUUUCGAACGGUACCCGCCGCCGACGCGGACUGGUCGCCCUCGCUGGCCAUCUACGGGGACAUGGGCAACGAGAAUGCCCAGUCGCUGGCCCGUCUGCAGCAGGAGACGCAGCAGGGAAUGUACGAUGCCAUCAUCCAUGUGGGUGACUUUGCCUACGACAUGAACACGAAGGAGGCGCGCGUCGGGGAUGAGUUUAUGCGGCAGAUCGAGACAGUGGCCGCCUACUUACCUUACAUGGUGGUGCCGGGCAACCACGAAGAAAAGUUCAAUUUCUCCAACUAUCGAGCCCGAUUCAGCAUGCCGGGUGGGACGGAGAACAUGUUCUACAGUUUCGAUCUGGGGCCCGUGCACUUCAUCGGCAUCUCGACGGAGGUCUACUACUUUAUGAAUUACGGCGUCAAGAGCCUGGUCUUUCAGUACGAAUGGCUAAGGAGGGACCUGGAGCAGGCCAAUCUGCCUGAGAAUCGCUCGAAGCGUCCGUGGAUCAUCAUCUAUGGCCAUCGGCCCAUGUACUGCAGCAACGAAAACGACAACGACUGCACCCACUCGGAGACCCUCACCAGAGUUGGCUGGCCCUUUGUCCACAUGUUCGGACUGGAGUCGCUCCUCUACGAAUUUGGCGUGGAUGUUGCCAUUUGGGCCCACGAGCAUUCGUACGAGCGUCUCUGGCCCAUUUACGAUUACGAGGUGCGCAAUGGAACGCUCCAGGGCUCGCCCUACGAGAAUCCCGGUGCGCCGGUCCAUAUUGUGACGGGUUCGGCCGGGUGCAAUGAGGGACGUGAGCCGUUCAAGGGUAAAAUACCCGAAUGGAGUGCCUUCCACAGCCAGGACUAUGGCUAUACCCGCCUCAAGGCCCACAAUCGCACCCACUUGCACUUCGAGCAGGUCUCCGACGACCAGAACGGAGCCAUCAUAGAUCAAUUCUGGCUAAUCAAAUCACAUCACGGCAGCUAUCAGAAUCAGAACUGAGGCCCAGGCCAAACCAAGCUGAACGAGUCUCGGUCAAUCGGCAACCGGUAAAAACCGGAGCACCUGUAGCCACUGCAGGAACUGUAGAAUUAGUGGCAGUAUUAGUAGCGCACAUUCUAGAUCACCACUUAGGAAUUAGCUUUAGCAGGCAGCUGUAACAUUCCCCAGUCGAGCCCAGAACAAACAGCAAACUGUAUUUUAAUUAGACAAUUCAAUGGUUCAGCCAUUUAUGUGGAUACUACUUUUGCAAGUGCAUUUAAUAUUAAUACACAUAUAAGUAUACAAACAUAUAUUGUAAGAGCCCCGAUACCCGCAUUGAAAUCGGAACACGAGGUGGAGGGAUCUAUUUUGUAUAUUUCUAUGUACUUUGUGAGCGCCAGCAGCUUUUUAUUUCAAUGUCCGUUUGGUCUGUAUGGCAGGAAAGGCAUUUAUGUACCCCUAUGUAUAUAUGUAUGUCUGCAUAUCCGUAUCUUAUAGAACAGCGUUGGGCAGGCUUCUUGAAAGCCAUUGAAAGCGAUUUUGUGGCAGUGAAAUAUUUCGUUGGCGAGCAUUUUAUGAUAGAUAUUUUUUACGAGACGAUUCUAAGACCACGUAUCACUCGUUCUUCGUGUAGUCGUUCGCUAAACGCUCUUUUCUGAGUCUUUUUGUACUCGUUUCCAAAUCCGUUGUACGAUUAUUUUGUUUUUCUGUCGUGUAAUGGAUACUUUAACUUACAAAACGCUCGUUUUUAAGAGAUAAAUAUUCAAUAAUGCUUGAAACAAUUCUUCCAACAUGUUUGGUAAACUAUUUCUUGGUAAAUUUAAGCUAAAAUUGCCAAAAGAAUGGGAGCAUCAAUCCUUUAAAUUGUGUAUUCUUUUGUAUGUGCUUUUUUUGGACCGUUCUAUUAUCAUAUUUUAUUUUUUUACUUUAUUUUAAGUAGUUUAUAUUGUUUCCUACAGGCGAGGGUUCUUAGUAGAACUACUAGCAGUUCGAUCGAUUCCAGUGAAAGAGUAGAGUCUCCUCCCUACUUCGAUCCACCGAUUCCGAAUGGCGGGGCUUAACUUAUGGUCGGAUCUAUACGACUAUCGCUUGUUGUAUCUCUGUGUACCUUUCUCUCAUUAAACUGCUUUUAUCAACCAAAAAAA